AUGCAUAAGAGAUCCGACAGCAGCGCUAUCUGCAAACGGUGCCGUAAGAUCAACUUGGGCGCCCUCACUCGCCGGAGCCACACUACAAAGAUUGGAGAGGUGGUCAUUGGAUGGCGAGGACGGAUUGACCAGGCCAAGUUUGAUAAUUGCCCAUUAUGCCAGCUCAUCAUGAAAGCUUUCAAUAUGUCCAAAGAAGAAAUGACCAGCCAAAACACUCAUCAGCUUCUAUCAUUCUCCAGCAGACGGAUAGUCAGUCAAGGAUGGGCAACAGUUGAUACGACCCUUCUUUCACUGGAUCGGCACAUAUACCGCAGCCGUCCACAAUACAUCGUUUACCAGCCCAAAGGCACAGAAAUCGUUCGCCUUCUGGGACCACAUGUCGAUUUCGGCCUCGUCAGAUCCUGGCUGCAGUACUGCGAGGCUCAACAUGGAAGGACGUGUACUUCGGUUCGCGACGUGGAAGGGUUGAACUCGAUCAGUUCCCUCAAGUUCAUCGACUGCGAAACGAACACGAUCGUUCAUGCAAACGGGAUGCCCUACGUUGCUCUCAGCUAUCAAUGGGGAAGCGAAACCAGCAACCAAGUCCCCUUUGUCACCUCGCUACCGGAUGGCAUGCCGAAAACCAUCAAAGAUGCCAUAUCAGCGACACGAGCUAUGGGAUUUAGGUAUCUCUGGGUGGACCGAUAUUGUAUCAACCAAAGCUGUGGAGAAGAGGUUGCGGAACAAGUCCAAAAGAUGGAUGUUAUCUACAACCAUGCAGAGUUAACAAUCAUCGCCGCUGCUGGACAGAAUGCCGAGUGUGGACUCCCUGGAAUAUCUCCAAGAUCUGUCCUCCAACCAUCCGCCAGGAUAGGGAGGCAUCAUCUAGUGUCCGCAAUGGCGGACCCUCGCUCCGUCAUUGAGAGCUCUGCAUGGAACCAAAGAGGUUGGACUUACCAAGAAGGGCUGCUUUCGAGGAGACGACUGGUCUUUACGCCAAGCCAAGUCUACUUUGAGUGUUGCGGGAUGUACUGCUGCGAAGCACUGAAUUUUCCGUUGUCAUCGCUACAUGUGAAGGACUCAAGCCGCUUCAGGGCCUCGUUUUGUGGCACCAUCAACCUGGGCAUGUUCCCUCGGCAGCUUGGGCGCACAGAGUGGGAAGUUGUUGAACGAAUCACCGAGUACAGUGCAAAGUCACUCAGCAACACCUCGGACAUCCUUGAUGGAGUGUCUGGGGUAUUGCGAGUGUUGAAACAGGGUCGACACAGGGUCCGACACUGCAAGGGUGUGCCGUUCCUCCCCAGGCCACCCAAGCCGUCUGGCAUAGGGCCGAAGAAUGCUCAGGAGAUUUACAACGCAUACAAAUGGUCCCCGACUGUGGGCUUUUGCGCCGGACUGUGCUGGACGACCCGCAAGUGUUUAAAGAGACGAGUAGGCUUUCCGAGUUGGUCAUGGACAGGCUGGGAGGGCGCCGUGAACUGGACGUUCUAUGAAUGUGAGUGGAAGCAGAUUCAAAGCAACUCCGACAUCCAAUUUAAAGUCCAACUCAUCGGCGGCAAGGAGUGUGGUUUGGAUGAGUACUUCAGCAUGUGCAACAAUGUUGAUGAGCCCAUCUCAAACACACUCAUUGUCUCUGGUUUGGUCAUCCCAGUUCAAAUUGGGGUUCACUAUUACCAAUGGGGUAACGAUUUAGUACCCGGGCUUAAGGCCACAGUCUGGUCCGAGGACGGCAUACCAGUAAGCUGGAAGCUUCAUUUCAAUGAAAGAGGUCUAGACGUACGGACAUUGGGUCCGUGUUUGGCCAUCGAGCUUGCUCGACAACCGGAAUCUUCCUUCCCCUGGUAUCUGAUGAUUGUUGCUGAAACAGAAAGGGGCACCUACCAACGAGUUGGUCUGACCGAUCGGAGGUGUCACUUAUCAGAAGAAGUAGAAGGUUUCGCCAAGAUACAGAUGGACUUGCAACUUGAAUAA